AUGGAAAAUUAUAAUAAGAUACCAUCCGACAUAACAACUGUUUCAUCAGACAAUGAAGAGAUACCAGAAUGGGUUGUUAUCCAAAUGACAACAUUUACUAAUUGGUUAAAUUACCAAUUGAGACAGUCAAAUGUUGUUGUUCGAGAUUUGUGUACUGAUUUAUCUGAUGGUACACUUUUAAUACAAAUUGUUGAAAUAUUUCAACGUCGAAUAUGUACAGGAAAAAUAUAUAAUUAUAAGCCUACAGAAAUUCAAUGUUUAAUGAAUGUUCAGAUGGCAUUAGAUGCUUUAAGAGAAGAUGGAGUAAAAUUAGUUAAUAUUGGUAGUCAAGAUAUUGUUGAGGGUAAUUUAAAAUUAAUAUUAGGAUUAAUUUGGUGUCUUAUACAAAAAUAUCAAAUUUCUAUACAAAGUAAAAUUCCACCAAAAAAAUUGAUAAUGGCAUGGCUUCAGUCUGUCUUACCUGAAAUAAAAUUAACAAAUUUUCGUACAAAUUGGAAUACUGGAAAGGCUCUGGCUGCUCUUAUUAAUUAUUGUCAACCAGGACUUUUUGAGGAUUGGCGUAAUUUAGAUCCUAAUAAUUCUUAUGAAAAUUGUAAAAAAGGUUUAGAGUUAGCUGAGAAAUAUUUAAAUGUUCCCUCUGUAUUGAAUGCAGAACAUAUGAGUAGCCCAGAGUUAGAUGAACUAUCAACAAUUACCUAUUUAUCAUUUUUUGUUGCUGAAAAUGGUCCUGGUUAUAUUGCAUCAUUACAUAAUUGUUCAAAAUUAAUGCCAGAUGUCAGGAUUACUAAUUUUGAUAGAUCCUGGAAUGAUGGAUACCUUUUUUGUAAAUUAAUCAUCUCAGUUGGUGGUGAAAUAUCAAAUUUUAAUAGUAUGAAUUUUAAUGAUCCUAAUUAUUGGAUUACCAAUAUUUCAAUUGCCUUAUCAGCAGCAUCGCAACUAGGAAUAGUAUCAUUACUAGGACCAAAUGAUUUAGCAGAUCCUGAUGUAGAAUAUUUAGGAGUUAUGGCUCUCGUUGCAGCAUUAUGUUCAUUAACAAUAAAUGAUACAUAUGAAGAGUUACCAACCCCUCCACCUAGUAUUUAUUAUCAACAAUACUUUUCAAAUGAAAAAAAGAAUGAUCACAAUAAAAUUAAUAUUUUUUCUGAAACUAUAACAACAAGUUGUUAUCAAGAUCAACAAAUAAAUUUAGAUUUGGCAUUUCAAGAGAAUAGUGGAUUAACAAUCAAUGAUUUAGAUGUCAUUGUCAUAGGACCAAAUAAUAAAGUUAAAGAUCAUAAAACACUUUUUUUGGUGAAAGUAAAAACAUCUAAAGGAGCUGUUUUGUCAUUUGUUCCUGAUCAAAUUGGUGAUUACCAGGUGAGAAUUUUAUGCCAAGGCAGUGAAUUGCCAUCAAGCCCAAUUCUUCUAACCGUCUUACCAUCGACAGACAAAAAUUUUUAUCAAGAAAGUGAAUCAAAUUUGAUUGAGGAAACAUAUCAAUUUCUUCCUGAAACGACAAAUAAUUAUAAUAAUCAAAUAAUAGUUGAAAAGGCUUUGUUUAAUCAAGAAAAAAAUAACGAAAAAGAGGGAUACUCUGGUGUUAGUAAAAUUAUGAAAUCACACUCAAAUAUAGCAAGAGUUUCAUUUUCAGGGUUAUCAGAACCAUGUUCUGUUGGAAGUACUGUUGAAGUAGUUAUAAAUGCUCAUGGAACAGAUAAUAAUACUGAUGCAAUUCGUGUUACAUCAACAUCACCAUCAGGUAUAACAAAAGAUUGUCAUGUAACGUGUGAUACCUCAUCAUUUACUGCAACAUUCUCACCAAAUGAAGUUGGGGAAUGGAAAAUUGGAAUAUUUUAUAAUUAUGAACAUAUACAUGGAUCUCCAUUUUCAUGUAAUGUAUUUGAUCCUAAUGCUGUUGAUGUCUAUGGAUUAGAUGUCGGAUUAGUUGGUCAGGAGUUAAAAUUUACCAUAAAUACAAAAAAAGCUGGUAAUGGAAAAAUUGAUUUAGAUGUUAUAAGAUAUGGAAAAAGUAUUCCUUAUCAUUUAGAGAGUGAUAAUUAUCAUGAAGGAAUAUAUAAAGCUAACUUUACACCAGAUGGUUCCGGACAAUACAAAAUACAUAUCAUGUUGAAUGGUGUUGAAAUUCGUGGAUCACCAUAUGUCUUAGAUAUUGCUGAUGCCAGUAGUAUAUCAGUUUAUGGUGAUAAUCUUAAAAUGGGUGCUGUAGGUAAAGGUGCAACAUUUAUGAUUCAUGCUGCUAAUGCUGAUACUAAAGAUAUAACAGUUUUAAUAACAGGGCCAUCAAUGAAAUCAAAAUAUGGAAGGAUAAUACCUUUAGGAGAGUCAAAUUUUAAGGUUGAAUUUAAACCAAUUGAAGCUGGUGAACAUACAAUUGAUGUUCAAAUUUUUGGUCAAUCAAUCUAUGAAUCACCAUUUAUUUGUAAUGUUGGUGAUCCUGAAUUAGUUACAAUAGAAAAAUUACCAAAAAAAAUUUAUCCAUCAAAUGUUGGGUAUGAUAUAACAUUUGAGAUAGAUGCUACAGCAGCAGGUUCUGGUAAUCUUGAAAUAAUGAUUAAUGGUGGUAGAGUACCAUGUAGAGUAAAAGAACUUGGUCCCCGUCAUUUUUUGGCAGAAUUUACUAUAGAACAAUUAAUAGAUCAUGUAGUUGAAAUGAAAUUUAAUGGAGUAGAAGUGACUGGUAGUCCGUGGACUUUGAAGGUCAAGGAUAUAGAUGAAGAAAGAAAAACUUUUGAUAAAAAUUAUACUACAAAUAAUUUAUCAUCAUCUUUUGAUGGAAUUAAAAGUGUUUCUAAUUUUGGUAUGUAUACUAAUACUAAUAAUAAAGAAAUAAUGAAUGAUGAAACAGAAUAUACAGAAUUAUCUGGAGUUGGAUUAUAUAAAUCUGCUGUUGGUCAACCAACACAUUUUGAAAUAUCUGGUGGAAAUUUAAAAGCAAAAGAUGUUAAAAUUACAUUAACAUCACCAUCAGCUAUUAUUAUUCCUGUAAAAGUUACAGAAUGUGAUAAUGAUAAAUUAUCUUGUUCAUAUAUAACUUCUGAAGUUGGUGAACAUCGAAUAAAUAUACUAGUUAAUGGAUCACCUCUUGAAACAGAGCCAAUUUAUGUAUCUUCUUUUGAUUUUACUAAAGUAAAAUUAGAAGCAGUUACGGGAGCGUUACCUGAACAACCAGUUCAAUUUAUAGUUGAUGCCGCUAAUGCUGGAAAAGGACAAUUAGAAAUUUCUGUUAAUCGUGGACAAGUACCAAAUAAUGUUAAAUCAUUAGGAGCAGGACGAUGUUUGAUAACAUUUAUACCUCAACAUCCAGGAACAUAUGUUGUUGAUGUAACAUUUAAUGGUCAUCAAAUACAUGGUUGUCCAAUCAAAGUUGAUGUUCAACCAAAACAAGUUGGUAAACCAUUACCAACCUCAAUUCAUAAUUCACCAUUAUCAGUAUUAAAGUCAACAACAUUAAAUGAUAAUUCUGAAAAAUUAACACCAAUACCUAUAAUAACAUCAUCAACAACAACUACUAGAAGUACAGAAAUUGAAAGAGUUUAUGAUACUGUUCAUGAAGAUAAUAUUUAUGAUAGUAUUAAAGAUAUUAAAAAAGAAUCAAAUAAAUCUGAUUUAUUUAAUAAUUACAAAAUGUCACAAUCAGAUAUAGAUAAUAAAAAUGAUGGAUUAAAAUCACCAAAAUUACUUAGAGCAACAUUAGAUAAUGUAAAAAAUGGUAAAAAAGAAAUUGGAUAUACAGUAGCAAAUUAUAAUGAUGAUAAAGAAGAUUUAAAUGAGAAUAAUAUUAGAAAUAAAAGUAAAUUAAAUCAAGAUAGUACUAAUAUGUCAUAUAAUAAUGAUGAUGUUUAUUAUAAAGGUAUAAAUGAUAAUAAAAAUGUUGGUCAUGAAUAUGGAAUAAAAGAAAAAUUAUUACAUGAUAAAAGUUAUUCUAAAAAAAAUGAAGAGAUUAUAUUACCAGGAUUAAUUGUAGAAAAAAAAAUUGAAGAAUUAGAACCUAAUUCUUCACAAUACUAUUAUCAAAAACGUUUUGAAAAUAUUGACAAUGAAAUAAAAGAAGAAAAGUUUGAUGAAAGUUUGUUAACCACUAUUGAUAAGGCCGAAGAGUCAAAUAUUUCAACUAUUGAUCCAACAGUUGUUGAUAGACCAAAAGUAAAUACCAAACCUUCCAUUGAAUAUGAUAAAAGUACAAUUGAAAAGGUAAAUGAAAUGGAUGUUGAAGAUUUUGUUCCUAAAAAUGUACCAAGUGUUGUUAGAAGUACCUCAAAAGGAAGUCUUUAUGAACAUAAAAUAAGAAAAAGUGAAGAUUUAAAUGAAAAAAAUACUGUUAAAUCUGAUUAUCAAUUAGAAGAUACUUUACCUUUUGAUAUGUCAUUACAACAAGAAGAUAUCUCAGAAGGUGAAACUAAAAUACUUGGAAAAAAUUUUGAUUUUGGUAAAAGUAAAUUUUCAACAAAACAUGAAGUAAUUAAAAAAGGAAAAGAUGUUGAAGUUAAAUUAGAAUCAUUAAAAUUAGGAAAAGAUGAUACACUUCGAAUUACAAUAGUUCCACCACAAAGAGUUAAGGGAGAAAAUGUUCAGGAGAUUACACCAAAAGUUAAAAAAUCAGGAAAAACAUAUGAAAUUUCAUUUAGACCAACAGAAGUUGGUACACAUAAAAUAUAUGCAUAUGUUAAUGAAAAUUUACAUCCAUUAUCACCAUUUGCCAUUCGUGUUUAUGAUGCCAAUGAAAUAAAUGUUGGUGAUAUUGUUUCUGAAAGUUUAGUUGGUGAGGUUGUUGAAUUUACUGUUGAUGCUGGUAGAGCUGGUUUUGGAAAUUUAGAAAUGGCUAUAAAAGAUAGUAGUAAUAUUAUUAUACCAUCACAUGUCUCACAACUAGAGACAGGUGCAGCAAAAUUUUUAGUUACAUUUAAUCCAACAACAAUUGGUGUCCAUACUGUCAACAUAACAUUUAACAAAGAAAUUUUAAAAGGAUCUCCCUUUCAAAUUGAUGUUGUUGAUAAAAAAAGUGAUGAUGAUGAUAGUGGAAAGAAAAAAAAUUUAAAGAAAGAAGGCUUAUUGAAUGUUAAAAAAAAUAUACAUGAUAAGAAAAAAAGUAAUGAAGAAAAAGUAUUUACAACAGUUCCAAAAAUUCCAUCAUUAUGUAGAGUUAAUAAAGAAACAAAUUUUACAGUUAAUUUACCAUUUCCUGCAAGUGAAUUAUUAGAAGUUGAUAUUUUAGAUUCACAUAAAGAAAAGAUACAUGCACAAAUUUAUGAGGAAAAAGAUAAUGUAAAACGUGUUGAAUUUAUUCCAUUAAGAGUUGGUGAUCAUGAUAUUUCAAUUUUAUAUGGUGGACAAGAAAUUCCAAAUUCUCCAUUUACAUGUCGUGCCUAUGAUCCAACAAAAAUAGUUGUUGGAAAUAUUCCAAAUGGAACAAUUGACAAAGCUGUCCAUUUUGUUGUCGAUGCCUCAUCAGCUGGUGUUGGUAAUUUGGAGGUUGCAGUUAAUGAAGGAAAAGUUCCAUCAAUGGCUCAUGCCUUAGGACAACAUAAAUAUGAUAUUUCAUUUAUUCCAAAAGAAGAAAAAGAUCAUACAAUUACAAUACGUUUUAAUAAUGAAUAUAUUCCUGGAAGUCCAUUUAUAUGUCAUUUGGUGGCACCUAGUUAUGCCUCUGCAACAGGUCCUGGUUUAGAAAGAAUUCAAGUUGGUAAUAAAGUUCAUUUUAUUAUUAAUGUAACAGGAACAGAAGUUAAUGAAUUACCAGUUGUUAAAAUUAUUGAUCCACAAGGAUUAGAACUUCCAUGUAAUAUUAGUAAUGCAAAAGAUGAAAAAAAUACAUUUAUUGCUGAGUACAUUCCAAAUUGUAUUGGAAAUCAUAGAAUUGAAGUUUUAUAUGAUAAUGAACCAAUCAACGGAUCACCUUUCAUAUCAAAAGCUUUUGAUGCAAAUAAGGCAAAACUUUCUUUAUUAACAGAUGCAAUAAUUAAUAAAGAAUGUAAUUUUAUGAUUGAUGCUGGUAAAGCAGGAGCAGGAAAUAUGGAAAUUAUUGUUAGUGUAAAUGAAAAAAAUGUACCAAAUUUUGUACGUGCAGAGGGACAGGCUAAAUUUAAAGUUUCUUUUACUCCUCAAGAAUUAAAAGAUCAUUAUAUUAGUGUUAAAUUUAAUGGAAUACCAGUUCCUGGAUCACCACUUAGAUGUCAGGUUAAGGAAGAUACUGAAAAUAUUCUCUCACCAGUAUCUGACAUUCCACCAAUUAGUAGAAAAAAAGAAAAAUCAACUGAUUCAACAAUUAAUACAGUAUAUAAUAAUUCAAAAAUUACUAAAUUAGAUGAUAACUCAAAAUUAUUAAAAGAAAUUAAGGUUGUUGGUGAUAUUACUCAGGGAAUUGUUGGUAAAGUAAAAGGAUUUAGUAUUGAUGGAGAAAAAAAAGGAUUAGAAUGUAAUGUUGUUAUUACAGAUCCAAUGGAAAAUAUAAUAGAUGUUAGUAUAGAAAAAAAUGAUAAAAGUUUUUAUGUACAAUUUUUACCUACACAUGUUGGUAUAUAUAAAAUUGUUAUAAUAAUUAAUAAUCAAGUAUUACCUUUAUGUCCAAUUUUUAUGAAUUCAAUAAAAGAUGAUGAAAUAAUUGAUAGUAAUCAAGAUAAUAAAGUAUCAAGAAGUAAUUCUAAUAAUAAAAUUGAUGAUGAAGAAAUUAUUGAAAAUGGUAUUGUUAUUUUAAAAAAUAAGGUAGCUUUAUUAGGUGAAGAAAAUGAAUUUUCAAUAGAGACAAAAGAUAAAAUUACAAAAUCAAUUAUUGAAAAAAAUAUGAAUAUUGAGUUAAUUGAUAAUUCUGGAAAUUGUUUACCAUUUAAAAUAAAAGGUAAAGGAAAUAUUAUAACAAUAAAAUGGAAUCCUUUAAAUGAAGGUGAACAUACAAUAUUUGCAAAGUAUAAAGGAAUCCAUCUUAAAAAUAGUCCCUCUGAAAUUAUUGUCCUUGACUUGAGUGCCGUUAAAAUUAUUGGUUUAAGAAAUGGAAAAAUUUAUGAAGAACAGGCUUUUGAAAUUGAUUGGAGUAAUUCAGGGGGUAGAACGAUAAGUGUAUGCCUUACAGAUCAAAAUGGAACAGUUUUAUCUUGUAUUUUAAAAAAAAUAAAAAAUGGUGUACAUAAUUGUAUUUUUACACCAAAAAAAAUUGGAUUAUAUUCUAUUGAUAUAUUUAUUGAUGAUGUAUUAUUACCAGAAUGCCCUUAUGAAUGUACAAUAAAUGAUCAGAGUGGUUUAAUAGCAAGAGGUGAUGCUUUAACAAAAGCUCAAAAAGGAAAAACAGCACGUUUUGAGAUAUCAUUAGGAAAUUGUAAACCAGGAGAAUUAGAUGUUUUUAUUUCAGAUCCAAAUAAUGGUCCAGUACCAGUUAAAUGUUUCAAACAACAAGAUGAAGGAUAUUGGGUAGAAUUUACACCAGAAAUUGUCGGUAAACAUGUCAUUGAUGUCAGUGUUGGAGAUCAAAAAGUUUAUGGAUCACCAUUUUAUUGUAAAGUAAUAGAUCCAAAAGAAAUUAAAAUAGUUGGUUUCAAUAAUAAAGUUCUUAUUAAUCAAGGUAUUCAAUAUACAAUUAGAAAAAAAGAUGCUGGUGAAGGUGAUGUUAAAAUAGAAAUAUCUGAUCCUGAGAAUCAUUCAGUUGUAUUUAAUAAAGUGAAAGAUUAUAAUAAUGAUGAUAUCAUUACUUUCCUACCAACUAAACUUGGUGAAUAUAAAAUAAAUUUAAAAAUGAAUGGUUUUCAGGUUAAUGGAUAUCCUAAAUCAAUUAUUGUUGAAAGAGAAAGUAAACCACAAGUUUUUAGUAAAGGUUUAACACAUGGAAUAGAUAUUGAUGAGGAUGCUCAUCUUUUAUUUGAUCCAAAACAUUCACAAGGUGGAAUAAAAAUUCAUGUUUCAGGUCCUGAUAAUGAAAAAAUUAGACAUGUAACAAAAAGAAAUGAUGAUGGAACAUCUACAAUAUCAUUUAAACCAUCAUAUCCAGGAAUAUAUAAUAUUAAUAUUGAUUUUAAUAAUAAACCAAUUGAAGGAAGUCCCUUUAAAUAUUAUGUAGUUGAUAGUAAAAAUGUUAUCAUUGAUGAUGAAAAUGUUGAUUCAAAUGGAGUAUUAGGUAUUCAACUUAAUAAACAAAAUUCUAUUAAUGUUGAUGGUACAGCAGCAGGACCAGGAAGAUUAACUGUUGAGGUAAAAAAUAAAUUUAAUGAAAUUGUAGAUGACAUAACAACAAUUGAUUCAUUUGGAGAGGGAAAAUAUAGAGUUAAUAUAACUCCAAGAUAUGAUGAUGAAUAUAAGAUAUAUUUUUAUUGGAGUGGAAAUCCAGUUCCUGGUUUUUAUCCUAUUAUUGCUUCUACAGUAGGAAUAUGUAAACCAAAACAAAUUCAUACAGAAAAAAUAAUAACAUCCUCAACAACAUAUAAUUAUUCACUCUCAUCACCAGAGGUUAUCCUUCGUGGUAGAGGUGCUGAAUUAGGUGUUAAUGGAGAACCAAAUGAAUUUAUGAUAGAAUUUAACAAACCAAUAAAUAUUAAUGAACUUUCUAUUGUUUUAGCUGGUGAUAAAGCUGAUAUUCCAGUUAAAUUAAAUUAUAUUGGAAAUAACAUUUAUAAAGCUACAUAUGUACCAAAAUUUCCAGGAAAUUAUACUUUAUCUAUCUUUUCAAAUGGUAAUGAAUUUUUCACAAGUCAAGAACCUAUCAGAAUACAAGAUUUAAAAUCACCAGCUGAUCGUGUUUUGGUUGAUUUUAAAAAACUUAAGAUAGGAAUUAUUGAUGAAGAAAUGACAUCUCUAAUUGAUACAAGAGAUGCAGAACCAGGAAAACUUUCUGUUAAAUGCCAAGGUCCAACUUCAACACAAGAUAUAAUGUUAAAAGAUAAUAUGGAUGGUACAUAUUUUUUGUCAUUUUAUCCUAAAGAACUUGGUAAACAUACUUUAACAAUAAAGUAUGCAGAUCAACAUGUUCCUGGAAGUCCAUUAUCAUUUAAUGUAUCUCUUCCACCUGAUGCUUCUAAAGUUAAAGUUUAUGGUUCCGGAAUUCAACAUGGUAUUUUAAAUAAUUAUAAAAGUGAUUUUAUUGUUGAAACAAAAGGUGCUGGAGCAGGACAGUUAACUGUUCGUGUCAGAGGACCAAAAGGAGCAUUUAAUGUGGAGAUGCAACGUGAUACUAAAAAUGAUAGAACCAUUCAUUGUAAAUAUGAACCUAAAGAACCUGGUGAUUAUCAGGUAGAAAUCAAAUGGCAUGGUAAACAUGUUCCUGGUUCACCAUUCUUUGUUAUGAUUGUGGAUACUGAACAAGAAUUACAAAGAUUUUUAAUGGGAGAAGCUCCGUCACCACAACCACCAGGACCAUUUGUUCCACCAGGUUGGGUUGGCGGUCCAUUACCACCAAUAAAUGGACAAAUAUAUAACUCCGGUUACCCUCAAAUGAUACCACCACCACCACCACAUCUUUUACAUGGACCACCAUUACCAAUUCCACCACAUAGAGGAAUCCCACCACAACCAAUUAUUAUUAAACUUUGUGUUAGGAAAGACCAAUCAUUUGCAAAAGAAAUAUUUUUUCAACGUGUUGAAACAGAAAAUGCUGAUAAAUGUUUAGAGAGAUGUUUAGAUAAUGUGGAUAUUUGUAGAUCAUUAGUUUUUAUUAAAAAUAUUAAUUCAGAAAAUGAUUUGGGUAUAUGUCAAUUAUAUACAAUAAAUUCAGAGACAAGUCCUAUAAUAUUUAAAAAUGAAAAUCCUUCAGAAAAUGUAACACUUAUUUAUGAAAUUGCUGAAAAUUGUAAUGAAAAUAGUUAUGAGAUGAGUAGUAAACUUUUGACAAGAUUUAUUGGAAAUCAACAAUCUAUUGGUGAAAAAUCUUCAAAUAGUGAUGUAACAUACCCACAAGUACCCAUUAUACAUAUCUCAGAUAAAAAAAAUAUUGAAGGACCUUCACUACCUAAAUAUCCUCCAAAAAUAAAACCAAUUGUUCCUGUUCAUGUAUCACAUGCCCAAACAGGUCUUUUUGGUUUUCCACCUCUUCCAUGUACAGGGAUACUAUGUUCAACGCCUAUUACUCCAACCAAAAAAACACCCUCCCCAAUUGAGGCAAUUUUGACAGCAUUAAAUUUAACCACAACAACACAAAGAAUUGAAAUUAUAAAUAAUAAUUUACCUGAGGGGACAAAAAUUUAUACGAAAAGUGAACAUUUUCAUGAAGAGGGAGAAAAUAUAAUUAAUGUUGAUGUUAAAAAACCAUGUGAAGCUAAAAAAAAAGAUGAUCCAUGUGUACCAAAAAAUAAGGAAUAUGUUAUGGUUACAAAAAUAAAAGAAGUUAGUGAAAAUAUAGUAUAUGGUACUUGGUCUGAAUGGAUAGAAACUGGUCCAUGUAGUGUAACAACUGGUACAGGUGUUAUUAUAUAUAAAAGAAGAUGCCUUUCAAAAGAGGAGUGUAUUGGUAAAGAUACAAAAGAAGAAAUAUGUAAAAUAGAAAGUUAUUGGUCUGAUUGGAGUUCUUGGUCUACAUGUUCUGUUAGUUGUGAUGGAGGAAUAAAAUCAAGGAAAAGAGAAUGUUUAGGUGAUGGUGAUUGUAAGGGACAUAUUGAUGAAGUUUUAAUGUGUAAUAUUCAUAAAUGUCCACAAUAUGAAGAAUGGAGUUCAUGGUCUGAUUGUUCAGUAACAUGUGGUGGUAAUGGUGUUAGAAUUAGAAAUAGAGAAUGUAAAUAUUUAGGAGUUAAAUCUGGAAAUUGUCAAGGACCUGCUCAGGAUCAAAUUUCUUGUUUAUCAGAUCCAUGUCCAAGAUACUUAGAAUGGCAGGAAUGGCAAGAUUGUUCUGUUUCUUGUGGACAAGGAAUUCAAAAAAGAAUCAGAAUAUGUUAUCCAAAAGGAAUUGGUUGUGUUGGAGGAGAUCAAGAAGUUAAAUUUUGCCAAAAAUCUGUUUGUCCAUAUCUUAGUGAAUGGAGUGAAUUUGGUGGUUGUAGCGUAACUUGUGGAAUUGGAUAUUGUGAAAGAAACAGAAAAUGUAUAACUGAUGGUAAUGUUGAUUACCACUCUGAAAAUAAAAGUAAUAAUAAAAGAGUAAAAAAAAGUAAUAUAAAAUUAAAUAUUAAUAAUGGAAAUAUAUCAUCAAAUUUAAAGGAAUCAGAAAAAGAAUUAUUAGAAAUUGAUCAUGUACGUCUAAAACGUGAACCAAUCAGAGUUAAAAAUGAUUCAUCUAUCUUUUCUGGAUGUAUUGGGUCAUUAGUUGAAAGAAAAUUAUGUGAUGCUGGACCAUGUUGUUAUGUUGGUAGCUGGACAGAAUGGACUUCAUGUCAUAUGAUAAAUAAUAAAUGUCUUAAAAAACGUAAUCGUCCAUGUAAACCUGAUAUGAGUUAUCAGUCUCAACAAAUUUCACACCAAUCUUCUACAGGUUUAGAUGAUGGAAAUAUAAAAAAAAUAAAUGAAGUGUUAACUCCAAUUAAACCUGUUAAUGAUAGACGUCGCCCAAACAGGCAAAUAAUUAAUUGGGACAAUUAUCAUUGUGAAUGUAAUGAACCACUAUUUGAAGAUAUUGAGUGUGAUGAAAAUUUAUGUGAACAUAAAAGUGAGAGUACUGAAUUACAGGAAGCUUUAAAACAUCGUAACAGACCUCUUUUUUUGUCUGAAGUAUAUGAAACACCACUUUCGAAUGUUACAACUGAUUGUACAUGGUCAUCAUGGAGUGAGUUUAGUACAUGUACCUCAACUGGAAGUUGUGAUAAAGGUGCACAAGCUCGAACAAGAACAUGUAAACCAGUUAAAGGAUUUGUUAAUCUUAAUGUUUGUAAUUGUCCUGGUAGUAAUGUAGAAGCAAAAUCUUGUAUUCCAGAAGGAUGUAUUGAUGAGAAAGAAAGAUCAAUACAAUCAAAACAUUCUAUUUCUAGAGGAAGUUUAGAUAGUGCUAUUUUUGACUAUGAACAAGAAAUGAGUGGAAAUGCAAAAACUGCAAUAAAAAUAGUAUCAAAGCCGGAUGAAACUGAUGGGGGAAAUUAUAUGACACAAAUAUCUUUUGAUUGUAAUUGGUCAACAUGGGAAUCUUGGAGUUCAUGUAUUAAUCCUGGGAUUCAAACAAGAAGUAGAAAAUGUCCACAAAAUUGUAAAUGUCAAGGUAUUGAGAAAGAAGAUCAAAAAUGUAAAGUAAUUGAAGAUUCAUCACAAAUGUAUGAAACUUAUAAAAUACCGCGAUCCGUUUUACAAGUACAACCUUCAAAAUAUACUGGUGCAAAUGGUAGUGGAGAAAAUAAUUCUAGUAAUGACUCUUACAAUGAUAAUGCAGAUUUAAUUGUAUAUGCAAGGGACCAAAAAGUAAUAAAAAAAUGUGAAUUUUUCCCAUGGUCUGAAUGGUCUGAUUGUUCUAAUCUCAAAAAUAAGGGUGAAAGAGUCCGAAUGCGAAUAUGUGGUUGUAAGGAUUGUGGUAAAGGAAAAAGUGUAGAGUCAGAAGUUUGUAAUGAAUCAAUAAAUACAUAUAAACAAUAA